AUGCCAGCACCGGUUGAGCUCUCCCUCGCCUCUCUCCUGCCAACCGUCGCGUUCCUCCCACCCGAUCUCAUCUCCCUGGCCAACUCCCUCCUGUCCCAGUCGCGCUCGAAAGCCGCGUCGCUCAGUCGCGAUGAGGAAAUCGCCAGAACGUAUGCAUGCUGUCACAUCGCGUGCAAAAGAUUAGAAAAUAGAUUGGAGCUAGAGAUUGGAAAGCCCAGUCCACCUGUUGCGCCGCGGGUGUAUAACAAGCUAUAUGGGUAUUUGGAUGGGGUUUUGGGGAGAGUGAACGCUGGCGGGAAGGGAGGAGGGACACCCACCAGGACGCCGAGGAAAGAUGUGAGGAGUACCAGUGGGAAUAAUACGCCUGGAAAAGAGAAUCGGACUUCCGUGAGGACGCCCACGACGAAUGCGAUUCCAAGCAAUGCUGGCACCAAACGAUCGCACGAAGAGACAACAGACCAACAUGACAUCCCAGGUUUCGCCAUGCCUCUCGCAAGAGCCGUCUGUAAAGCCAUACGAGCUCCGGCAGCAGCACCUCACGUUCUCGUCGGCGCUACGGCGGCUGUGAAAGAGCUUCGCGGGCGUGUAGCCCGAAGAGAAGACGGUUCGAAUCGCAAGAGAAGGAAAACGCCCCAGAGUGCCAAAUCUACACGCCCGACGAGAUCGGAAGAAGCAGAGGAGACGGUGAUUGCGGAGGGCAAAUGGCCUGCUCUGCUCGUCGCGUUGUGCCUGUUGACGGCAGAGAAGAUGAAAGAUCAGGAGGAUGCAGAUAUGCGGAAGGAAGCUAUCAGUGCCGCGAAGGAUGCCUGUCGGGAGAAGACAGUCGAUACGGAUUUGAGAAGUAUUGGGAAAGAUGUGGACUUUUAUCGCCUGGAGGCUGAGGAUUCGGGGUGGUUGGAUAUGGAGUGGUUCAGUAAUGUGCCGGAGGAUAUCAUCUCCGCCGAGAACGAUGUGGAUGAUGCCAUGGAUGUGGAUGAAGACGAAGUUGAGGAGGAUGUCUCCACGCCGAUGAAGAAGAAGAAGCAACCUCACAAGACGCCUCUGAGACGAAAAGAAAAGCACGGCGGGAAGACUGCGGAUGACCUAGACGUAGUCGGGCCCGCUGGCUUACUCCCAGGCCUGGGUACGAUGUUCCAACCAGCAAUUGACUGGCUGAGUGAAGAGAGAAGAAGAGACUUUGCACAGUGGGAGAAGGGCAUCAUGAAGGAGAUCAUUGCCGUUGAACAGAAAGCUUGUUGA